UGUGAAGGGUGCAUGAAAAGUGCUCUCUGUUGAACUGCAACGCUGUUUCAUGACAUAUCCCACACCGAAGCUGAGAAGGAUGAGGUCCCGCAUGAUCUUGCUCUGCCUCUCAUUGGCUUUAUCCAUCCAUGGUGGAGUUUUCCAGCCUGUACCCACCCAGCUGCCACAGGCCUCAUUUGCUGAGGGAGGCACUGCCAUUCUGAAGUGUCCCCUGGAAAAGGGCAAGAUCCAAGACUACCAUGUCUUCUGGUUCCAGCAAAAGCCAGCUGCCCGGCCAGAUUUUGUGCUGAAGCAUUCCAUCAAUGGUCAGAUAGAACGAAGCUCUCAGUUUGAUGCUCGCUUUGUGCCCAUCCGAGAUGCCGGUGCCAAUGCCUAUGUGCUGCAGAUCCAGGGGGUGCGCACAGAAGACAGUGCAACCUACUGGUGCAUGGCAGAAGCAAACUAUUUCAGCAUUGCUGUCUCAGGGAGUGGGACGCAGCUCAGCAUCAAAGGAGGAAAUUCAGUAAGGGCACCCUCAUCAGUCACUCUCUUGUCUGACAUUUCCCAAACAACCAGCACUUCUGCAGUCCAUGCCUUGUGCAUAGUUGAGCAAUUCUACCCAGGGAUUCUGGAGAUCAAAUGGAACAUGGCUGGAAAUGAUGUAACCGAGGGAGUGACACCUGGCCAAGUGAUUGUGAACAAGGAUGGCUCCUACAGCACCAGCAGUGUCCUGAGCAUCUCUAAAGACCUCCUCAGUUCCAAAAUGCCUGUCAAGUGCUCCAUACACCAUGAGUCCUCAGGAGCUGUGGCUGAGCAGAGCCUGAACCCAUGCUAAGGGGAGUAAAGGGAGCCUCUUCUGUACCUUUCUUUUUCGUAUACAGAACUGUAUACCCUCAUAUCUUUUUGGUAGUGCACAAUAAA